AUGCCUGACAUUGCUGUGGAGGACGCCUCUUUACCCGAUUCUCCUAUUGUCCAAGAAGAGUACCUUACUCAUGCUUUUCUAGGUGGACCGACUGAUCCAUCAAUACUGCGGAGUUUCAAUAGUCAUGUCGCUGCAGUAGACAACAACACUAGAUUCAAAGCCAUUAUUGAGCAGUCUGGGCUGUCACAGUUAGCUCAUUGCACUUAUUGGUUCGUCAACAAGCUUCUAAUCUCCAGUUUUGUUGAGAGAUGGCAACCUGAGACGAACACAUUUCACAUGACAGUUGGUGAGAUUACCUUGACCUUGGAUGAUGUUGGCACUAUUCUUGGCCUUCCCAUUGUAGGCAAAUCAGUCAGCGUACCAGAUGUGACAGAUCAUCAUAGAGUUACACUACUCGUUUAUGGCUUGGGGAUUACUGAACGUGCAGCACAUGAAGAGGUUUCUACUGCUGGUGGCAGUUCAGUCAGGCUUGAGUGGUUGCAAAGUCAGUUUGCUGGUUUCACAGAUUAG